AUGCCAUUAGACUGUGGUAUAUGGUGUCUGCUAUCAGAGCGAAGACGACACGUUGAACGUUUGUGGAGAUUACAAACAAUUCAGUCAUUGGACGAGAAGCGUGCACGACGGCGUUUUAAUCGCCUUAUGCGCGCAUUUGAUACUGAAGAUUUGGCUGCAAUUCUUAAAAUUGUCGUCCCAGGUCGUGAUUCGCUCUCUGCCAUUGUCAGGAGUAUUAAAGAAUCCAGCGGUGGACGAGAUAUUAAACAGUGUGCACCUGGGCCGCCAAUGGAUAUUGUGGAAGAUUUGCCUGGAUGUUCUAAAGAUAAUGAAAUGGAAGUAGAUGAUGAUGAAGGUCUUCCUGAACAAAAAUAUGAGGAUACUGGCCUUAUUCCACAGAUUGACAAGCCUAUGUCAAUGCCUUAUUUAUGCUGCAAAUUAUGGAGAUGGAAGGAGCUUCAGGUUGAUGCCGCUCUACAUAGGCUUAAUCCUCUUCCUUGGUGCAGGUUCGGCCGUGUAACUAUGAAUAAUGCUACUGUUUCUUGUUGUAAUCCAUAUCACUAUGCAUUGUGGAUUGUUGCAGAUCCCGUCAUGAACUCUGAGGAGCAGAGUUUGUCUGGUAUCAAUGGAUUAUUUCCACUUGCUGAACAUUCCUUAGUUAUUACAAACGAUACGGGAUUUGGUGAUGAAUUAACGGCUACAAGUUUUGCCAAUAACGUACUGCCACCACACGCUCCUCCGCCUAUACCGGAUUCACCUACAGUGCCAGCUGUAUCUCCUUCAUCACAUAUCUCUCCUGCUUUCAAUCCACGCGGCUCAGUUUGGGCUCAUAUGUAUCGAUGGCAAAAAAAGGAACGCAUGGAUAAUCAUGGUGUAAGCCUUCGAGGACAAUUUAUCGCCGUCGGUUUGCUGGCCAAUUCUGUUCAUGAUGGCCAGAAUGAUUGUACUGAAUGGGAUGUUGCAAAUGAAGCGUCUUUCGCACUUAUACGACAAGUUGAUGCACAGCAAACUUUCGAUGAAGUUUGGCUGUAUAAUAGUGGAAAUAAACCGCUUUUCUUCUCAGUAUCGUCUUCGUCAACUUCACAAAAAUCUGGAACCAUUCGAAGGCUCAGUCCCGGUUAUUGUUAUAGGGUGCACAAAUUUGUUCUUCCAAUAAGUUCAAACCAAAAUGCAAUACGAUCACACAAAGAUCCUGCAAAUACAGCAUGUUUUCUUAAUAUCAGUGUUGGGAAAGGAUGGGGCUCCAAUUACCAUAGGAUAAAUCAUACAGAUACACCUUGUCGAUAUGAAAUUAUAUUCGUUCCCGAUCUAUUAUAA